AUGGAACGUAGAUCUUUUUCGGACGCUGGCAGAAUCAGUGUAACAGUUGAAAUAUCAUCCAAUGAUGGUCAAAAUGAAAUCACUCUGGCGAAUAUUCCAUUGUGUAUGACAAUUGGCGACUUGAAACAGAAACUACAUGUGGCACCGAAUUCACAUUUAGGACGUCCAAAAGAAUUCGAAAACUGGGGUAAUCAGCGUCAACUUUCAGAUUAUUUUGUCAGGGAUCAUGAACAAUUGGUUUGUGUUUUGCAAUCUACAAAGGAAGACGUCCAAAGUUCAUGCGAUGAUUAUGAUCAAUGGUUAGCAAAACGUACUGAUGGCGGAACUAAAUAA